GCCUACGACACUUUCUACCAUUAGAGCAUCAUCUUCUAUCAAGACGAUGAAUCAAGUCAAAGUAUUGUCAUUUCUAGGGAAAUUCCGACCCAAGUUUCCCAAAGUCCCUGGGUCUACCUCACUGUCAACAGCUCAGGAGCGUCCGAGUUCCCGUCAUAUUGCUGAAGAGUCAGAUUAUUUGUACAAGGCUGGCGGGUUCCACCGAGUUUCUCUGGGUGACAGAUUUGCUUCUGACAGAUACACCAUACUGAGGAAACUUGGGUAUGGGCAAUAUUCCACUGUCUGGCUCGCUAGAGAUUCCAAGGCCAAGAAAUAUGUUGCUCUUAAGAUACUUAGAGCUGAUUGUUAUGGCGGUGCUAAAGAUAUUUUCGAACAAGAAAUUCUUUCAAGAAUUUCGGAUGUCUCAAGGAGGAGCAAUCAUGAAGGCCGCCACUAUGUGUUGUCUACUUUGGAUCAGUUCAAACACAAUGGACCCAAUGGAGAACAUGUAUGUUUUGUUUUUGACGUUAUGGGAUACCAUCUAGGUUUUCAAAGCGCCAAAUAUGAAGGUGGAAAAAUGCCCGUAACAUCAGUGAAAUCGGUCGUGCGGCAGCUUCUAUUGGGGUUGGAUUUCCUACACAGAGAGUGUGGGAUCAUCCAUACCGACUUAAAGCCAACAAAUAUACUUAUGGAAUUACAAAAUCCGGAUGAGACUAUAUCUCAAUACCUGUCAGAGGUUCCCCCCCGGAUAGAUUCUCAAGGGAUGCCACUUCGAGAAGCAAUCAGGACACCAUUACUUUCAAACUUAAGCGAACCUCAUAUCAGGAUAAUUGAUUUUGGCGUAGCGUCUUGGAAAGACAGGCAUCUUUCAGAAUUAAUUCAAUCCCCGGCACUGCGGGCUCCUGAGGUCACGAUUGGCGCUCCUUGGGAGAGUUCGGUGGAUAUAUGGAGCCUGGGGUGCUUGAUUGUAGAGUUUAUUCAAGGAAUAGUCCUUUUCUCAGGUGAACCGUCAAAGAAUGGGUCAUGGACUGCCGACGAUGAUCGUUUAGCAAAAAUGAUAGAAGUCCUUGGUCCUUUUCCAUCCCAGCUUCUUAAACGUGGAAAACGCACUGCUGAUUUUUUCAACAAAAGAGGAGAUCUCCUUCGGAUUCAACAAUUGAAACCUACCACUCUAGAGAGGCUGAUAAACGGCACUACGAAGCCGUUUCUGAAGCCAAACGAUAUGCCCGAUGCAGAAGUACCCAUCUUCCUUAAUUUUCUAACGGCCAUGCUGUCAAUUGACCCAAAUCGUCGAAGGUCAGCAGCUGAUUUGCUUCAACAUGACUGGAUAAAGGUGUGAUACUUGCAAUUUAGAUCUUAAUUAGUAAGGGAAAGUAAAGUAACUUCGACAUCAUGUGUAGGCCAUUCCAUGCAAUCUCAUGGUGAUAAAAUUUCAUCUUUCCUAUGGAAAAUAACUAGCUAAUAAAAAAAUAGAAUCUUUGAAUCUACUCC